GUUUUGGCAGUUUCUAGCACUCUCGACGGCAGCUUUUUCAUUCGAGUAAAAACUUUGCAGUCUGCUAGCUCGAAGAUUAAUCUAAAAGACGCAGAAUUCUUGUUUUGAGUGCUUCCUAGGGAAUCGAUUAGCUCACGAACACAGCAUUAACAAUGCCCACGAUUAAGCUGCAGUCGUCCGAUGGCGAAGUUUUCGACACCGAUGUACAGAUCGCCAAGUGUUCCGGAACGAUCAAAACUAUGCUGGAAGAUCUGGGCAUGGACGAGGGUGACGAUGAGGUCGUUCCCCUGCCGAAUGUGAAUUCGGCCAUCUUGCGGAAGGUACUGCAGUGGGCUACCUUUCACAAAGACGACCCGAUCCCGGUCGAGGACGACGAUAGCAAGGAAAAGCGCACGGAUGACAUCAGCUCGUGGGACGCCGACUUCCUGAAAGUUGAUCAAGGUACACUGUUCGAGCUGAUUCUGGCUGCCAACUACUUGGACAUUAAGGGCUUGCUUGAUGUGACCUGCAAAACCGUCGCCAACAUGAUCAAGGGUAAAACCCCGGAAGAGAUCCGCAAGACGUUCAAUAUCAAGAACGACUUCACGCCCGCGGAGGAGGAGCAGGUCCGCAAGGAAAACGAGUGGUGUGAAGAAAAGUAGGCUGUGGGAUGAUAUUUUAUUAUUUUUCGAUACAAAACAUCUAAACUAGAUUUUGCAGAACAGUGCACUUCCUAAACCAGAUUAACCAGAACAGGGCACUUCCGCUUCAUUUAUGACAUGCUGCCGUUUUGUUUUUUUCCCAAUCGUAUAGUUUGUCUUAAAUAUUUGCUAAGUUAUGUCACGCUAGACGAGAUGGAAGAAUAAAAUUU